AUGCCGUACCGCUUCGAGCUUUCGCCGAGCAAUCGUGCAGGUUGCCAGACCAAAGAAUGCAAGGACAACAAGGUCAAAAUCACGAAGGGCGAGCUGCGCGUCGGCAGCUGGGUCGAUACCGAGAGAGUCCAGUACUGGGCCUGGCGCCACUGGGGCUGCACUACACCUCUUGUGCUAUCGAACAUCCAAACCUCCAUUGCCGACGAGGAGGACGACAGCGAGCUUAACUUCGAGGCUUUGGAUGGCUUCGACGAGCUUCCUUCCGAGUUUCAAGAGAAGAUCAAGGUUGCCAUCGAGAAGGGCCAUAUUGAAGAUGAUGAAUGGAAGGGUGACGUCGCGCACAACCGUCCCGGCAUGCGUGGCAUGUUUCCCCGCAAGUCCCGGGCUAAGGCUGUAUCUGAAACCCCAUCUCCGAAGAAAGCCAACUCGGCGCCCACUGAGGCUGUUGAGACCGAGACUAGUGACGAAGGUAAAAAAGGAAAAGCAACAAAGCCGAAGCGCAAAGCCAACAGCAAAGCAAGUGUCGAGCCCAAGGGCGAGGAUGAAGCCAAAGCCACAGAUAAAGCUCCGUCCGAUGAGAAGCCCGCCAGGAAGCGCAAGAAUGCUGCUGCUGCUGCUGCUGAGGAGGCUACUGCUGAUGCACCUAUCAAUGGCGAUGACAACAAAGAGGAAGAUGAACCCGCUCCCAAACGCAAGAGAGCGACCCGUGCCAAAAAAGCGGUCACUGAGCUAGAAGCCGACAAGAACACCGAGGCCGAGAAGGGAGGUCGCACUGCUAAGAAUGCUGCUAAGCCCAAGGCUAAGGGUGGUCGCACUAAAAAGCCUACCCAAGAGAAAGAUACCGAGGAAAAGACUGUUGACAACACUGAGAAGCCCAAGCGUGGCCGUCGCAAGGCGGCAAGGCGACAGCAAGCUGCCCAGGAUAAUUAG